AUGAAUGACUUAGAUUUUAAUUUAUUGACGGGAAAAGAUAACAAUACUAGCAAUGAUCCAAUUUCAAACACACCUUCGGUGAAAGCAUUAGGCUUAGUACAUUACCAAGCAAAAUUAGAUACUUUUAUUAUAAGAGCAUUCAACCUUCUGUCAAAUAACGCCAUAAUUGAUACCAACAAGUUACAGAGUGUAACGAGCUCACCUAUAACAACAAAUACUACUCCAAACUCAGUAACCUAUAAUGACAACGAAAGUAAUAAUGAUAACAUUCCAAAACCAAAUGAAUCAUUAACGCCGAAUAACAAUCUAGACACGAAUCAGGUUGUUAAUAGCCCGCCUAUCUCAUCGAAGCAACAAUAUAUGAAUAUUUUCAACAAAAUUUCAAAAAUUUUCAGUGCCACGUUAUCAUCUGGUGUAAUAGAUGAAAAGUCCACUUCUCCUAAGUCUCCAAUAGAAUUGUACCAAAGAUUUCAACAAAUAUUGAAAGAAAUAGAGUUAAGUUAUGAGGCUAGCCCGUAUUCUAACUAUUUUAUAGCCGUGUCUGCAAGUAAUGACCCAACCAAGAUAAACUCAGGUCUAUGGCGUAUAAAGUCUGAUGCAGAACUGCAAGAUGAUCAACUUUGGAAAUUCGUUUCAAUGUGCAUAUUUGCAGUGUAUGAUCCACAGACAGGGCAACUUAAUAAUAGCGCUCUAAGAAACAAAAAGUUGAAUUCAUUAAAUAACUCACCAAAAGAAAGCAGUAUAAGUUCAAAUGCCACUAGUAGUAUAGAUACUAAUGCAAACAAUGUUUCAACAACGAACGGCAUAAAAAAGCCAAAAAAGAGAUACGUUAGAAGAAGAAAUAACACUGUCUCUGUUGCUCGUAAGAAAGAUGUUGGUGCAAAUGCUGGUAAUAACGAUAAUUUUGUAUCAACGACUAGCGACAAUAAUGCCAUGUCGAAUGCUGUUGGAAACAAUAUAAACAUGGAGUCCCAAUUUACUCAGUUACUACAAAAGCGAUUACAAAAUGUUUCACAAGAUAUUGCUUCCAGAUCACUGAGUGGAUAUUAUACACAACCAACGUCGCCAGGCUUCACUUCUAAUGGCGACCCUUUCAACUUCAAUGAUCUAAGUAAUGGAACUACAAGUCAACAAGGCAUGAAUAAUGGUGCAGCAAGUAACAACCGGAAGAGAAGAUCGUUAGGCUCCAUCGAUGUCAACACACUGGAUAACGAUGCCAUGGAUGAAAUACUACAAUUAUCUAAUCCUAUGGAUGGAGCUAAAGCUCUACAGAAUGCAGGAACAGAACAGAUUAUAGACCAAUUGAAACAAUCCUACAGCUCUCUACUUUCUGAAAAAGAUAAGAGAAUAAAUCAAUUAGAGAGGGAGCUGGAACUACAGCGUCGCGAGAUGCAAUGGUUAAGGAAAUUGCUGAUUGAAGAUAUGGGAUGUGUCAGAUCUCUUCUACAGGACAUACGUAAAUAG